AUGGUGGACGAGGCUGAAGAUGGAGACGAUGGCAGCAUCAUCGACAGUGGAGUCGCUAGCCACCCCUCCGGUUCUCCACCAGAAACCAAACCAGUCGCUGAAACAGUGGAAGGUGUUGAUAUCAUCAGCUCGAUGCCACAUGUGAUCCUCCACCAUAUUCUCUCUUUUAUUCCAACUCAGUUCGCGAUCAGAACUUCCGCCUUGUCCAAAGCAUGGAGGCAUGUAUGGUGCCACACACCUUGUCUCUACUUUCAUAAUCUCCAAGAUAAUGGAGAGAAGACGGCUCGAGUUAUAAACCAAACCCUAAGUUCCUACAAGGCUCCGAAAAUCACGAGUUUCCAUCUUGAUUUACCCCGAUAUGUCCCUCAACCCCAGGUUAAUACCUGGAUGGAGUUUGUUGUGUCCCGUAACGUGGAGAAGCUGUCUCUUGUCUUCGAUGGUUACACGACUCAAUGUUUCCCAGAUUUCUUCUAUCGUAGUUCGUCUCUAGAGAAGCUCCGCGUGAAUUUUGAAAUGAAUCUGGGAUGCACAAUAUCUUGGAAAUCACUAAGGAACUUGACGUUGAGCAAUUGUAGUCUCUAUGAAUCAUCGCUUGCUAAUAUUCUCUCUGGCUCUCCAAUUCUUGAAACCUUGAAAUUGUCUAACUGUAGAGGACCUCAGCGUCUUGAUCUGAGUAAAUCACGUAGUUUGAGGACACUGCAUAUUUGGGAUUACAGGAGGGACCCAACCGAGAUGAUUGAUGAUUACGUUGAGCGUUAUGAAGGGCCAACAGAGAUUGUAGCGCCGCACAUCCAAUAUUUGAGUUUGAGUAGAUCUUAUGAACCAUUUACUCUAGUCGAUGUCUCUUGUGUGACCGAAGCUAGCCUUGACAUUUACAUUGGACCUUCACCUUACAUUAAUGUAGAAGAGCUUCCUUUCAGUUUCAAGGCCGAUAUUUUUCAAACAGCGGUCUUGAAGAUGCUUGCAAAUUUACAAAACGCAGAGAGACUUUCUUUUGGGGAAACCUUUCUUCAGAUUCUGUCUCUCGCUCAGCUCCGCGGUGUUCCUUUCCCGACGUUCAAGGUCCAAACUUUGACCCUUGAAACCACUUUAGCAAGAUCUGUUAUUCCUGGUAUAACAAGGUUACUACAUAAUUCACCUGGACUAGAGAAGCUAAUAGUAGAAGCAUCACAGUGGGGUGAGAUAAAGGAUGGUGAUAUGUACAGCUAUUUGGAGUCACAAGGCUUGAAUCCAAAUCAACGUUGGAGAGCAUAUAAGCUUUUUCCUACCUCAGAUGAAUUUUAUGCGAUUGUCAAUGAUAAGGAGUCAACGUGGGAAGUCGUGGCGUUGUUCGUUGAAAUGAUGCUGAUAAAUGUAACGGCACUAGAGACGUUAGUUGUAGGGUUGAAAUGUAUUGGCCGAUGCUUUGGUAAUGCAGAAUUGCAGGAAAAGUUGCUUCAGAUGCUUCCAACACUUCCUAACAUCAAUAAUGUCUCCAUCGUACUCAAGGGCUGA